AUUCGUAUAUGACAUUUGCGAUAGCAUAAUAUUUUAUGUUUACUAACUUUUGUAAUUUCCAUAGUUAUUUUUUUAAGAUCCUGAAUUUAAGUGAAAAUGGGUGACCGAUACAAUAUUCACAGUCAGUUGGAACAUUUGCAAAGUAAAUACAUUGGAACUGGUCAUGCCGACACUACAAAAUAUGAAUGGCUUACAAAUCAACAUAGGGAUUCUUUAGCUAGUUACUUAGGACACUAUGAUGUUUUAAAUUAUUUUGCAAUUGCAGAAAAUGAGUCUAAGGCUAGAAUAAGAUUUAAUUUAUUAGAAAAAAUGCUUCAGCCAUGUGGUCCGCCACCUGAAAAACCUGAAGACUAGAUUUUGUGAGAUAUGAAUUUACAAUAUUUGAAAGAAAAGUUGUGCGUCUACAAAUAAAUUUAAACUAAUAAGAUAUAA